CAUUUUUUCCUUAUUCUUUUGAGUGAAUAAAGGAAAUUUUCCAUGCUAUUAAAUGGUAAAACUUCCAUAUGCAUUUACUUUUUGUUGAGUGUGAAUGACAAAUUGUUAAUUACAAUAAUUGAUGCAAUAGGUAAAUGCAUUAACUUGUCACACCUAAUUACUUUGUGGAUGAUGGUGGUAUAUGUUUCCAUGACAAUUCGUCGUAGUAAUUGCAGGUUUACAUCAUCGACUUUGGUCUUGCCAAAAAAUAUAGGGAUCUGCAGACUCAUAAGCACAUACCCUACAGGGAAAACAAGAAUCUCACCGGUACUGCUCGCUAUGCCAGUGUCAAUACACACCUUGGAGUUGAACAAAGCCGGAGGGAUGAUUUGGAAUCUCUUGGUUAUGUCCUCAUGUAUUUUCUGAGAGGAAGCCUUCCCUGGCAGGGACUGAAAGCUGGCACCAAAAAGCAGAAAUAUGACAAGAUUAGUGAAAAGAAGAUGUUAACUUCUAUAGAGGUGCUAUGCAAAUCAUAUCCAUCUGAGUUCAUAUCAUAUUUUCAUUACUGCCGAUCAUUAAGAUUUGAGGACAAGCCGGAUUAUUCUUAUUUGAAGAGACUUUUCAGAGACUUAUUUAUUCGAGAAGGUUACCAGUUUGAUUAUGUUUUUGAUUGGACAAUACUGAAGUAUCCUCAGAUUGGUACCAGUUCUAAAGCAAGAAAUCCCAGUGGCAAUGCAGGGGCUGGAACAUCUGUUGAAAGACCAUUAAAAACAUCAGUGGGGCAAGAUAUUCGAGAUAGAUUCUCAGGAGCUGUUGAAGCUUUUUCGAGAAGGAAUCCUGCAGGUUCAGGGCGUCAUGGUGAACAUUCAAGGCACAGGGCAUCAGAAGAUGCACCUUCAUCCAAGGACGUGCAACUCGAUUCGGAGAGAGGCCGAACUUCUAGAAAUGACAGCACUUCAAAGAGAGCAGCAAUUUCGAGCAGCAGACCUAGCUCUUCUGCUGGACCCACCGACAGCCACUCAAGUAGAUUGGUGUCGAGCAGUGGCCGUGUCUCUACAACACACAGAGUUCAUCCCGGCAUUGAACCUAAAUCUUCAGCUUUCUCUCGUACUGCAGUUACUAAAGGUGCUCACAGCGAUCCUCUUCGAAGCUUCGACUUCCUCUCGAUCCGGAAGUAAGUGAUGGUUUUCGUGAAACGUUAAAUGCCAAGGGAAGGAAAUCGUUCAUCUACAUAAAUAGUAAAUGUGGCAUUGUGUCAUGUCCAGUUUUUGCUUAGAGCUACUUGUUCCUGUUGCAAGUUGUAAUGCAUAAUUCUCAUUCAAGGAAGUUUGAGUUUUAUGUGCUGUAAUUUCUAUAAUUUUAGCUUGCAAGGUUUGGUUGUAAAGAAUGUUUGUUUAUAUGUGCAGCCCUCCAUGCUUAUCUAAUUUAGGGCACUAAAGACCCCGUAUUCAA